AUGGCAAAGAUGAGACAAGUUUUAAAUAUUUACAAUAGCCGUAAACAAAAAGGUUUGGGAAACCACUCCCCCGAAGAAAUGAAAAACAACCCUGACUUAGAGAAAGACUAUAUAUUUAAUAGUUUAGUCAAAAGAGACAAACAAGAAAGAAUGCCAGGCUUCAAACUUCAGAAAGGUGACAAAGUAAAAAUAGAAAUACCUAAACGCGACCCAUAUGAAAAUACUAUUGACUAUGACAACAAUGGGAACUCGACAGGUACUCGCAUUCGUGUUCGUAAAAAUAGAAGAAAGUAUACAAGAGAAUAUUAUGAAGUUUUAGGCAAACAUGGCAAAAUGUACAGACUGCAAGCAGAAGAUAAAACUACUAUUGUCAGACCUCGUUUCAAACUUGUCAAAGUUCAAGGUGGUAUACUUUCAAAGACAGUUCCUAACAAAUAUAAGACAACUCCUGACGAAUAUGCUAAAGAAGUUGAAAAUGACGACUAA